UUGCGUGAAAUCGGACACUUUCUUCUGCGCUGGAGACGAUGGGCUGAGGGAAACAUACACUUUCUCAUUACACGGAAACGUCAUGUAACUCUUGCGUCCUAAUUCAUCAGUAAUAAACGCAGAGUAAAUGUUAUAAUUAUUACAGUGCAGCGCGUGGAUUUAAAGAAGCCGCGGCAUCAACAUCGCUUGUCUCCGGUUCAUCUACUCUCCACAACGUCAUUGCAGCGUUGGUUGUGAAUGGAGAAUAAGGCAAUGUACCUGACCACGAAUACCAAUGAAGAUAACAGCUCGUUGUUUGAGGAGGGAUAUGAGGGGAUGAACCUGUCUAAACUCAACCUCUGUGAUGAAGUAGGUUCAGCACAACAUACAUGUAGAAGAAAGGCGGAUAGUUGCUGUGGUCAGUUGGGUUCCUUCACUGCAAUCAAAUAUGCCAUUGUGUCCCUUUAUAUUCUUCUACUGCUCACUAUAUUUGGCCUCUUCAUAGCAGUGUCAAAAUCUCGGGAAUCCUUGGAGAGGCAGAAGGCUCUGCUGGAGAACGUGACUCAUCUGGGAGAACGCGCUGAGACCUUGCAGAGAUCUCUUAGCCAGCUUCCCUCUCAGAGUGACCUUCUUGAGAACAUCUGGAAGCUAGAAAACUUCUUCAACAACCAAAGUGAACAGCUGCAUCAACUAGGUCAGCUGGCGCAGGGCUUGGAGCGGGACAUCAGGGACCUGCAAACAGUCUCUGAAAACACCUCAGACUCUGUAGCUCAGCUAUGGGACCAUCUGGCCAUGAUCAUUCGAUCUAGGUCAAGGAACAGCAGCAGUCUGGGACAGGAGUUAACCUUAGCUACCGUCUCUAUACGAACCCAACAUGAGAAGUUACAGACAAUGGUGCUAAACGUUGAGACUCUGCAGGAGCAUCUGGAGGAGGUCGGUUGGGCAAUACAAACGUUAAAUCGUUCACUUGGUGGUGAUGUUAGCCUGUACCAGAUGAAGAUCGUUGAACUACAGGAAACGAUUGGAAAUGUAUCCCACGAGGCCACAAGCACAAGAAUUACACAAAUACACCUUGAGGAACAGAUGAGGAAUGAGAUUGAGAUUCUCAAUGUCAUCACAGCAGAUCUGAGGCUGAAAGAGUGGGAGCACUCCAUGACCCUCAAAAACUUAACUGUAUUACAAGGACCCCCAGGACCAAAGGGUGAGAAGGGUGAUGUGGGGCCGCUGGGACCUGCUGGUUUUCCUGGUCUGACUGGAACAAGAGGUUUGCCAGGGGAGAGGGGCAUUCAGGGUCCUCGGGGACUGGCUGGACAAGGUGGUAAGGAUGGGCAAGAUGGAGAAAAAGGAGCUAUUGGCCCUGAGGGGCCCAAAGGUGAGAGAGGAGAGAGGGGACAGAAAGGAGAGAAGGGCGAGCGAGGAGACAAAGGAGAGAAGACAGCUGAAGAAUCUCUGGUGAGGCUGGUGAACGGCUCAGGCCCUCAUGAGGGUCGAGUUGAAGUCUUCCACGAACGUCGAUGGGGGACGGUGUGUGAUGACGUUUGGGACAUAAAAGAUGGAGACGUUGUGUGCAGGAUGCUGGGGUACCGUGGUGCCAAAGAAAUCCACAAAACUGGAUGGUUUGGACAAGGCACUGGUUUUAUCUGGAUGGACGAUGUUGCUUGUGUUGGUACAGAGGACAUUAUUCACCAGUGUAAGUUCUCCGGCUGGGGCAAAACCAACUGUGGCCAUGUAGAGGAUGCUGGGGUGACCUGUAAUGUGUAAACGUUUUAAAUCUCCAAAACCGUGCCGACGGUUUGACUGUGAACCUGUUAGAGCUCAUUGGUGUGAAGGAGUUGCAGUAAGAAAGCAGCAAGUAGUCCAUCUGAACAUCUGACAGUCUGUCAAACAACUACAACACAUGAACAGUCAUAUCUAUCACAAAGAACCUAGUUCAGCUAGUCGGAUUAUGUGUCUACUAAAGGUCUAUGCUUUGGUUUGUAUUUGAUUUGUCAUUUUUUACAUCUGUUUAUAAAUUCCAAAGAGUUUUAUAUUUGAUCACUUUUAACUCUAUCUCAAUGCGGAGCUUUCCUUUGGCUCAGUGGUAAGAGCAUGGCGCUAUCAAGGCCAAGGUCAUGGGUUUGAUCCCAGGGAUUGCGCAUAAUUAGAAACAAAUGUAUAGUAUAAUGCAAUGUAAGACGCUUUGCGUCUGCCAAAUGUAAAUGAGUUCAAAGGCUUCCGAAUGAGCUUUUCAUCUGUAACAGGGAUCAUAACAGGAAUGUUUUAGCAGGAUGAGCAUUCAAACACAUCCUCAGUCUGAGGUUCUAACAAAUAACAACAGUUUGUACAUAAAGCGGUUAAGUCAGUCAGAAUUGUGUUAACGCCUGCUACAGAUUUCAGCCAUCUUAUAAGAUGCUGUAACAAAUCCCACUUUGAGACACGGGUCUAAUAAACUUGGGUAUGACAUGUAUAUAGACUGAAUUAUAGGCUGCGAUGCAAGUUAGUAAACAUCAUCAGGGUGCGCUAGUUGAAAACAAACACAGAAACAUGAAUCACACUUCGGCAGUCACGCUUUUCAUGUGCAUAAAAAGAGGUGGCGACGUAAUGGAACGAUAUUAUUAUUCCUUUCAAUAAUUUACGCCUCCAUGGCAUUAAACCUUAAGUGCCAUGAUCGGUGCGCGUUGAUCAAUACAUCAUUACAUGUUGCAUUUUCAUUGGCUCCUCAGUAGGUGUAGGCCGUACAGUCAUGCUAAAGUUCUAAAACUGCCAGGCUGUCUUGAUCGGUCAUGACAACGGCCGUCUUUAAAUCUCUCUCACUGUACGACAUAGUACCAAUGACCACGAUUGCCCUUUGUCAUCUGGGACGGCCCAAAAUCAUCCAGUCUGAACCUGGCUUUAUGAAGCCAACAGUUCAAAUAACGGUUUAUUCUAUAUUAAUGUGUCCAGUGUUAUACAUUACAAAUUCAAUUCAAUUUUAUUUAUAUAGCGCUUUUUACAAUGUUGCAUUGUUUCAAAAAAUGUUUUUAUAUUAAGUCGCCAUUCAGUUACGUUACUUAUGAUCCCUAAUCACCAUAAAUUCACUAGGCCUUUCAUGUAUUUAAGGUCCAUUUAAAACAAUAAAGUGUUUGUAAAUGUUGUUUUAACAUUACUUGUUUGUGUAAUGAUGAUUUCAUCGUUCACUUAGAACUUCAUAUUACAUGUCAUGUUACAUGUUUCAGAUUGGCUGAUGUUGUGAAGGUCCUGAGACGGGAGUAAUUCCUCCGUGUCAGUCACAUUAUGGGGUGGUUCCUGUACGGAGUUAAGGCUAGUGUUAAGUAAAUGUUUGAGCCAUCUUACCCCAAACUCCUUGCAUUGACAUAUCCUAAAAUAUAUCAGCGCUAUCGUUUCGUCUCAAAAUGCAUACAUGUAUGCCACGUUUGUAAGAAGGAUUUUAAUGUUCUUAUUUAACUAAGGCCUAGUCCUGGUUUAAUCUAAUCCCUGUCUGGGACACCACACCAAUGUUUCAUUCAUUUUAUUAAAUAAUGGUUUUAAACAGCAGUACAUUAAAUCACUGUCCUUGCCAGUAAAUUUUACUUUUUAAAUAGUUUUUGAACUACUAUUGUAUAUUUCAACAAUUUGAAUAAAAUGUGUAUAUAUAUUCUAAAAAUGCUGUAUGAUUUUU